AUGAUGAACUACGAAAGAAGAGAAAUUCAAGACUUUGAUAUUCGAAUUUCCGGCUACAUCAACUUUGUGCUCUCAGAGGGACUAUCAGAAAACUCUAUGGAUCGACUCGAUGGAAUGAUGUCGGUUAUUAAUGGAGCACCACCGCCCGUAUCAUUGGGUGUUAUCAAGCGAGAGUUGGAGCUGCUCCGUAACGAGUGGGAAAAUCUCGAAUGUCCGAAAUGCCACCGGAAAGUCGAAAACAGCGAUGUGCUCACAGAACAUCUCGUGUCUAAUCAUGGAAAAACGCAAGACAAAGUGUGGUUCAAACAGUUCGGAACACUUGGAUCUGAUAUGGCGAAAAGCCUUGACAAGGCUCUAAGAAAGCAAGAAGAAACAAGUCUCGUCAAGAAAAAAUUCGGUGAUUCAAACGAUUUGAUUACAUGUCCUGUUGCUUCUCCAUUAGCUCCAUUUUUCAUGAUGCGGCAUUUUCAAGUAUUUCGAGACGAAAUGUGUCCGUCGGCAACGGAAGGAAUUGUUGUCGGCAUAACGGUACCGAUACAAUCUGUUGAAUUAUUGAAUUUAAUGUUACAGAAUGAUGAAAAGAGCUUUUCACCCAUCUUCUGCUUCCAAAAACUCGAUAAAGCUAGGCGAAGAAUCAAGCGAGGACUAUUGAGAAAAACAAUGGAAAAGAAGGUGAAAAUUCUCGAGAAACGUUGCGACAAAGUUUCCGUCGACGAACCGGACAUCGUUUUCAAAAAAUCUCGAACGGCCGAUGAGACUCGCGAUCUUUUGCAAGCACUGCAAUCUGCCACCAACGGGAUCUCAGAAAGAUAUCGUUGA